CAGAGCUUGAGGCAGCAGCAAACCAGGAUCUACUCUUUUCAAAUACACACCAUUUCUUUUUACAUCUGCCUAUACAUCAGACAUCAACAGCAACUGUAACCAUGGUACUGGAGGACUCUGAGUGCAGCGUCUUUGAGCUUGACAUCACUGAGGAUGAUGUGGAGACUGCCUUUGGUCUGGUGCACUGCACCAUGAUGGGUGUUCCGAAGGGCAACCGGCCUAUCAUCCUGACCUUCCAUGACAUCGGACUAAACCAUAAGAGCUGUUUCGAGUCUCUGUUUAAUCACAAAGACAUGCAUGAGAUCAUGCAACACUUUGCUGUGUGCCAUGUUGAUGCCCCAGGACAGCAGGAGGGUGCCAGCACGCUCUCCACAGAGUAUACCUAUCCUUCUAUGGAUCAGCUCUCAGAAACCCUUCCUAUGGUCCUCCAGCAUUUUGGUCUGAAGAGUGUGAUUGGAAUGGCGGUUGGAGCUGGAGCCAACAUCCUGACUCGCUUUGCUCUAAAACAUCCAGACAUGGUUGAAGGUCUUGUUCUGAUUAAUUUAAGCGUGCACGCAGAGGGUUUCAUGGAAAGGGCAGCACAAAAGAUUACAAGCUGGACUCAUGCUCUCCCUGAUACAGUCAUUUCACACCUGUUUGGAAAGGAGGAGAUACAGAACAAUCAUGAACUGAUCGAAACCUUCCAUCAUCUCAUUACAAACAACAUUAACCAGUCCAACCUGCAGCAGUUUGUCAAGUCCUACAAAAGCCGAAGGAAUAUGGAGAUAGAGAGACCAGUACAAGGAGGAAACGUAAAUGCAAGAAUGCUCCAGUGUCCAGCUUUGCUGAUAGUGGGUGAUAACUCUCCAGCUGUGGAUGCUGUGGUUGACAGCAACUCCAGAAUGAACCCAACAACAACCACAUUUUUCAAGAUGGCUGACUGUGGCGGCCUGCCUCAGGUUGAUCAGCCUGGCAAACUUAUAGAAGCUUUCAAGUAUUUUAUCCAGGGCAUGGGCUACAUGCCCUCUGCCAGUAUGACCCGUCUUGCUCGGUCUCGCACGUCCAGUAACUCAUCUCUGGAGCGCAACCGUAACCGCAGCGGUACAAACACGGAUGAGCAGCGUGGACGCUCCCACACCGACGUCUCCAUGGAGAGCACCUCUGGCGCAGAGCACAGUUCCUCAGGCCCCACACAUUCCGUCAAGCUGUCCUGCUGAACGCCUCAUGAAAAUAACACCACCGUGCGAAUCAGAAUGGAACUCAGCAGGCGGUUUGAAUGAUAUUGGACCUGAAAUUACAGAAUUUGAACCUGAAAGCUGAUGCUCCUGUUAUUAGAUAAUGUUUAAUGUAUAAUUGGUAUUUUUCACAAGGUUAUGUUUGAUUAGAGAUGGCCCUCAGCAAACAAAUGUUGUAUGUAGCCUACUUAAUAGACUUUACACUAGUUUAAAAUAUCUGAACCAGUGGUUUAAAUUGCCGUUUUAUUACUUACACUGUAAAAUAUGUAAUAUCUUAUAAUAACUGUAUUAUAUAAUUAUGUUAAGAAGAUUCUAUUAUGUUUACAGCUUGGCUGUGAGAAUGUACAUGUGUAGGCUAUCUUAAAAUGCAGAGUGAGUAUGUGGGUGAUGGUCUUGGAGAGUUCUCUGGUAGGGCUGAAUGUUUGGGGGGAUCUUUUUUAUACAAUACGUAUUGCAUUUAAUUUCUGUACUUAUCAUUUCUUACAGCAGUGUUUAAUUGACAUCUGACAGUAUUUCUUAGUCUGACAAUAUAGUCUACAGAACAUUUGAUAUAGUAUCUGAAUCAUUUAUAUUGGUUGUGCUUCUUAAGAGUCCCAUCUUAUAUUAAUGAGCAAGGAAGAUAUGAAUGUUGGUAAGAUCACUUUAUAUUUAACAACUGUGUUCUUAAAAUAAAAUUAAGUAUAUUCAGUCAGUCUCACUGCUGU